AUGAGCGUCAGCAUCAAGGUGUCGGUACGAUGCCGGCCGUUCACAUGCGACGACAAGCUGGGAGUGGUGAUGACCCAGAAUGGUGAAGAGGAAGGCGAUGUGGAGCUCAUCAACUCCACGUACUCCACUACGAGGUUCCCCUUCAGCUACGCGUGGUGGAGCGCCUACGGCUACAAGCGGCACAUCCAGGGCGACUCGCUGCAAGCCGACAAUAUGACACUCGUCGACCAACAAAUGGCCUACGAAAGCGUCGGACUAAAGAUCAAGGCAGACCUGAUGGGAGGCAACGCCGUCGUGCUCUUCGCCUACGGCCUCUCCGGGUCUGGCAAGACGUUCACAGUGUUCGGGCCGGACGCUGUCGACAUUCCUGAGGCAUGGUUCAAGCACGAGGAUCCCCAUCCACUGUGGGGGAUUUUUCCGCGUCUGGCGUACGAGUUGUUCAAGGAGAAGCAGGACGGCUGGAAGAUCUCGAUGAAGUACUUUCAAAACGUCGUGGAUACCGUGCGCGAUCUAAUGUCCCCGGUCGCACAGGAGCAGCAGUACAAGUCAGGUAUGCGCAAGGACCCCGACGGAUUCACAGACAUCGACUGGUGCCAGUCCGUUGUGCUCAAAGACUGGAACGACUUGCGCAAGACGUUCAUGGCAGCCAAUGCCAAGAAGGCUAUCGCACCGACGCAGUUCAAUCACCAGUCUACGCGUGGGCACUGCAUCAUGACUCUUGAGGUGGAGAAACCUGAUCCAGAGCGCGAAGGGAUGAAGCAGAGAGGGCGUGUUUACGUGUGUGAUCUCGCCGGUACAGAGCCUGCUGGUGAUAUUGUCUACGCCGACUACAAGAAAGUCGUGUAUGAGAACGGCGAAAUCGAGCACAAGUACUUGGGCCCCCACCCGGAUGCGUCAAAGUCGAAGGAGUUGCAGGACCAGGGCAAGAAGAUCAACCUGUCGCUCACGGAAAUGGCGCAGUUCUUCAUGAAGAUGGCUGAGGCUGUCAAGGCCAACAAGCUCAAGCCGGGGAUGUCCAUUCCCGGAUGUAACUCGUACUUCCUGUGCAAGUAUCUCAAGGACACGAUGCUGCAAGCACGAACGUAUUUGUUCUGCGCUAUCCGACCGGAAGUCAAGUUUCACGGCUAUACAUUUUCAACUCUGGGCUUUGCCAAGAACGCCUCGGUCAUUAAACUCCAGCCGAAGAAGGCUUCAACUGCUGCUAGCCCUGCAGAGCGGAAGCUUAUGGCCGAACUAGAGCAGAUGAAGGCUCUCGUGAGCCAGUUGAAAGAGGAAAACGAGCGCAUCGCGAAGAUGCGCAACGAUGUGGCCAGUGCACAGGUCGCACAGUUGGCCGAGUUGCUCAACCAGAAGCAAAAGGAGUUGGAGAACGUGUUGAGUGGGGGAACUGGAGGUGCCAGUGGUGGCAUGAGCGUGCAAGAUGAAAUGAUGCAGAGGCAACGCGAGGAGUACGGCAAGCGUGGAAUUCACUUGUAUCACUUUGAAGCUGACACAAAGUCCCCGUACCUUAUCAACCUGGACGUGGACGCUUAUCGGUCGAAGCGAUUCAUGUUCCUGCUCGAUAAGCCUCACCUCACUGUGGGACCACAAGGCGACAUUCAGCCCAUGUCGCUCAGCAUUGUCAACGGUCACUGUUCAUUUGAGAAUGAUGGCACGGAGAUCUUCCUUUGUGCAGGUGCUGGAGAAGUUAUGCGCAACGGGAAAAAGAUUGAUAAAGGUGCACGCAUACAGCUUGAUCCGUACGACCGUGUCGUGAUCGGAAACGAGCUCAUGCUCUUCGUAUAUCCGGGGCGUGAGCCUGAAGGUGAACCGCCUUCGGCUGACACUGCCGCUGCCGAGUAUAAGGAAGCUCUGCAGACAGUUGACACCUCCGCGAUGAAUGAGCUGCAAGAGCAAAUGAAGAAGUUCGAGGAGGAGAAGGCGAGGUGGGAAAAGGAACGACUGGAACGCGAGGCGGCCGCUGCUACGGAGGAAGAAGCACGACUCGCGGCUGAGAAACAGCGCGAGCUUUUGGCUCGACAAGUGAAUGAUCAAGAACUCCGGGAAGUCCUGCCCAAGAUUGCGGAACUUACUCAGAUUGUCAAGUUCUUGAACCGCGACGUGUUAAGCUUUGAGACGGCGUUGCAGAGCUCCUCUAUGGAAGACAAGGACGGCACUGGUACAAGUGGAAUCCCGAAGGUCAAAGUCAAAGUGUACAACAAAGCCACGGACGAGACCAUUUUCCUUGAUGUCUUCGAGUUUGUAAAGGCGCACGCACUACUCAAAGAUGAAGUGGCGUUCCUACGCAACGCGCUUAUGAACGACCGCGAGUACGAGUCACCGGCAGGCCACGACCCGAUCACGCUACUUUUUGACAACUCCUUCCACAUUGGUAGUGCUACUACUUUCCUCGAGUACUUGCUGUACAACUUGGAGACGGAGCCCGAUGAGUCUCAACUCAGCAUUAAGUUGGCUGUGCCGCCGUUCAACACUAUUGGGAAACUCCAGGUUAUGUGGAUUCCUCUAUCGUCGCCCGAUCCCGAGAAGCACAACGAGGACGACUUGAUGGAUUUGGAGAAUCCGAGUGAUCUCCUGGGGAAGCCCUGGACGUUCAAGAUUCGCAUCGUUGGCGCUACCGGCCUCCCCAUCAUUACCGAUUUGGCCUACUGCCAGUAUGAGUUCCUAGGCGAACUCUUCACGACUGAAAGUGUCGAGCAGAACACGCGGAGCCCCGUGUUCAACUACGAGUUCAUUCACCACGUGGAUUGCGUCACGGAGCAGUUCAUCGAGUAUCUCCAAAGCGCACGCCUCGAAUUCCAAGUGUUCGUGAACCCGUACAUUCUCGAUCCGCCCAAGGAUAAAAUAUCGACGAAGAACCCCGCUAUUGCUGCGCAACUCGCGGAAGGACACGCAGCCAAACCAACGUAUGAGGAGUUGCAGGCAAAGUGUGCGCAGUUAGAGACGAGUCUGGCGAGUGCAACGGAAGAUCUCAACUUUUUGAGAGAACAAUACAGAAGUGCUGUCGGGAGUCCAACGCACUCAGCUCCUUGUACCCCGAGGAAGAAAAUUGAGCUUGCGAAAGCGAACGACGAACGUCUCAACAGCCCGACGAAGGAAUCGAGUGCCCCCAUCACGCCAAAUCACUCAGCGACUUAG